AUGCGCGGCCGGGUCCCCCCCCCCACGAGCCAGGAUGACCGUGUUUUCGAUGGGUUUGAUCCUAGGCAGGAACUCCGGGAUGAGUUCGUUGCAUCGCAUAAUACGGCAAGUCAAGAGGGGCGUCUGGCCAGCUAUCAGGGCGUAUCUCACUCGAAUCUCGCACGCACGGGUCUUAUCGGGGGUCCGACCGGCCAAUGCGACGGAAAGCGAACGGAACCGCGGGUUGCUGAUAAGCCGCGCAUUCGCAAACGACAGGCGAUUGGAUCGCGCACGCUCUCCCCACCCUACCGUGAAUGCUCCCAAGGCUCGCCAUUUGCUUCUUUCUGGAAUUUCUCCUGGGCCCCACGCGACAUGGGCCCGCCCAAGCUAUCUUUCGCCGUUUCGCCGCGCCACUAUGUCGCGGGGUGGGGCGACACGCGCACUACACACAAGUUUUGGCGACGGCCGCCUUCCUAA